AACAUCCUGGCAUUGGUCAUAUUCUGGAAGACCGGUCUCAAUGACGGCAUCUCCGUGUGCUUCUUCUCACUGACCAUUUCCGACCUGCUCUGCCUCGUCACGUUUCUCUCCGCUACACUUCUCGGCAUCCUGGACCUCAACUUUAACGUCAAGCCGUACGUCAGCCUGUACUGGGUCAGCUACAUGGUUCCGUUCUACGCUGUAAUGUUCUACAACAUUUCAACCGUCACCACCAUAUUCCUCGCCAUACAGAAGUGUUGCUGUGUUGUGAUGCCGCUCAAGUUCAAGGACACUUUCUCAAGAGGACGUUCUUUGGCCAUCAACUUAUGCGCCUAUUGUGGAGUAAUGAUCACAUUUAUUCCAUUCACCAUAAGUGCCUUGCCAUUCCAACCAACCUAUGACACGUCAACUAAUUCUACUCGACUCGUAUUUUACUUUUCAAAAUUCUUUUUGACGGAAAUAUUUCCCGUUCUGAAAGCGAUUACUUACAUAUCGAUACCAAUAAUUUCAGAAAUAGUCGUUCUUUUUUGCACAAUUUUACUGACCAUAAGACUCCGACAGUCCUUAAAAUUUCGAAGAUCAGUAGCCGGGCGAUGCGUGAUUAAGAAAGGGGAUUUUCACACCAGAGAAGAGAAUGGACGUAUAAGCUCAUCAAAGUCUACCCAGGAUCGACCCCGUCAAACUUCAUUGCUAUCAAACGUUCAGAGUCGUACCGGAAGUAUAAAUUUUAGGACGAAACCCGAAGAGCAAUAUGGUUUCUCGGAGCAUCAGAAGCGACGACCGUCAGACAAGAACUUAAAAGCUUUCAAAAGUGACACGCAACCAAGGUCAGACAAGAACUUAACAACUUUCGAAACGGACAAGCAGCCAAGGUCAGAAAAAAACGUCCCAGCUUCCAAAAACGAGCUCCGCGUGACCCAGGCCGUUAACGUGGUGGCCACGAUCUUUGUUCUGUCCAACAGCCCAGAUGUUGUCGUUUUCUUCGCCAGUCUCGUGGUGCCCGAGUUUUCUGGCUUCGGACAGUAUCGCCACACGUACACGCUCUGCUUAGUGCUACAAGACUUGUUACACAUCGUCAACAUGUCUGUUAACAUAUUCGUUUAUUUGAAGUUUAAUUCAAGAUUUCGUAAAAAAUUUCUGUCAACUUUCGGC